AAUUAAAGCUGAAGGUGGGAAAGGAGCAACCGUUGAGGUGGUGAAAGUUUAUGAUUAUUUCACCGAACAUCUCAAAAUUCCCUAGCCAACUUCUGCGGACCCUUGUGUAAACGUUGGGAAGCCUGCACAUCCAAUUUUUUUUCCCCUUGAGCUUUGCUUUUUGGUGUCCCUAUAGCGCUACAACAAGGCGUUUUCCGGUCCCCGGGAGAGUAUGCAGACUUUCACUAAGGUACUAGAGAUCUGCAAUUAUAAUGCUGACCCUCUUCUUGGAUUGGCUGUAAUCUCAAUCAGCAAUGAUGUUACUCAUGUUGAGGGUCGUAUCUUGCCAGCCGCACCGUUGCAAGUUGGCAAAUCACUUGUCCUUCCUGAACAUGGAAAGUGGAGCUUUUACAAUAACAAAGAAUUGGUCCGUCCACUCAAACUAGAGCAAUGGGGAGUAGUGAACUUCUGUUCUGACUCUUCUCAUAUUGAUUCAUUUCUUCGGGAUCUACAGGAGCGUGGGCAAGCCAUAGGACUUGUGAGUCUACAAUGCAACGUACAUACACACAUCGAUAAUCAUAUGUUUGCAUGGUUGACAUGUUCCAUCAUCUAUGUAGGCCAUCAAUGAGCCAUCUUUUAUCCUUGCCAAGGAUCCAGGUUUAGAGAAUUCCCCCUCUAGUGCUAACAGAGUUGUAGUGAUUAUGAAAAAAGUGCAGUCCAAAUUAAUAGAAACUCUUCAGUUCCUUCUCUGCAUUCUACCAAAGAGAAAGAAUUGUAGACUUUACGGUUACUUCCACAAAACCAACCAAUCUCGUUUCCUUUUGAUUAUAGCUUUAUAAUUUUAUAUGUAACUGCUGGAAUAUCUUUAUAAUUAUCUAUUUGGUAUUGAAGGCCCCUGGAAUAGAUUGACUUUAGUUCAAUUUGGCAUCGCUACACAGUGCAUGCUAGUACUAGUCUCAAUGAUCGUCGGCAGGGGCGAUUUUAGGCCCUUUUUUUGGAGCACGUGAACACAUGGUCUCGCCGUA